AUUUCAAUCCAUAACCCACAAAAGCACUUCCGUUGGAAACAUUUGGAUCAACAUUUUUGAGCAAAAAGCGUUUGAGAGUGAUCUAAUUUGAAUGAAGCAAAAAGGGUUGAAGAGAGAAACCCUGUAAAAGGAAGUUCAAAUUAAAGCUUUUUUUUUUUUGAAGCCAGAGACUGAAUUACUAAAAGGGAAUCCGCCUGGUGUUUGUUUUAGCCUUUGCCCAACACCAAAAAGUAGAGAAGAAGGAGAACAGAGGAGGUUUCAUUUCCCGGAUCUGGGUUCUGGGUGUUGGCCAGGAAAUGGGUGUAAUCUCCAGAAAAAUCUUCCCAGCAUGCGGGAACAUGUGCAUAUGCUGCCCUGCUUUGAGGUCAAGAUCUCGGCAGCCAGUUAAGCGUUACAAGAAAUUGCUUGCUGACAUAUUUCCUAAAUCGCUUGAUGGCCCUCAAAGCGAGAGGAAAAUUAUUAAGUUGUGUGAAUAUGCUGCAAAAAAUCCUUUCCGCAUUCCAAAGAUUGUAAAAUAUCUUGAAGACAGGUGCUGUAAAGAACUUCACUGUGAGCAAGUCAAAUGCAUUACUAUAAUUGCAGAUGCAUACAAUAAGUUGCUUUCCCUUUGUAAGAACCAAAUGGCAUAUUUUGCGGGUAGUCUGCUGAAGGUCAUUGUUGAACUUUUAGACAACUCUAAGCACGAUGAUUUGCGAAUACUCGGGUGUCAAACCUUGACAAACUUCAUACACAAUCAGGCAGAUAGCACUUACAUGCACAAUGUUGAGAACUUGGUACCUAAAGUAUGUAUGCUGGCACUGGAAAGAGGGGAAGACCAUAAAAAGCAGUGCUUGAGGGCAUCAAGUCUACAAUGCAUUUCUGCCAUGGUCUGGUUCAUGACUGAGUAUUCACACAUUUUUCUUGACUUCGAUGAGAUGGUUCGCGUGACUCUUGAAAACUAUGACCCUGCCCAUGAUGGUAACUCUGAUGAUAGCUUGGAGCCACAUCAUAAUUGGCUUAAUGAAGUUGUCAGAUCUGAAGGCAGAGGUGGUACAGUAGGUGGUGAUGCUACUGGUUCCUGCACAAUCAUCAGGCCAAGACCAGAAAAGAAGGAUCCUGCUUUACUCACUAGGGAGGAGGUCGAGGCACCGAAAGUGUGGUCUCAGAUUUGUUUGCAACGAAUGGUUGAUUUGGCCAAGGAGAGUACGACAAUGCGCCGAGUGUUGGAUCCAAUGUUUAUCUACUUCGAUUCUGGAAGGCACUGGAUUCCACAGCAAGGGCUUGCUUUGAUGGUUUUGUCUGAUAUAUUAUACUUCAUGGAGAGUUCAGGUAACCAGCAUUUAAUUUUGGCAUCUGUAAUUCGCCAUCUGGACCACAAAAAUGUUUCACAUGAUCCUCAGCUCAAAUCAUUUGUCAUUCAAGUUGCCUCAAAUUUAGCCAGACAAAUUAGAUCGGGAGCUGUGCUGGCAGAUAUUGGAUCUGUCUCUGACUUGUGCAGGCAUCUUAGGAAGAGUCUUCAAGUCACAGUUGAUUCAGUUGGGCAACAAGAACUAGAUUUGAAUAUUUCACUUCAAAAUUCUAUUGAAGACUGCUUACUUGAAAUUGCAAAAGGGAUUGGUGAUGCACGUCCUUUGUACGAUUUGAUGGCUAUAUCUCUCGAGAAUCUGACUUCUGGAGUUGUUGCAAGAGCCACCAUUGGAUCCUUGAUUGUUCUUGCUCAUAUGAUUUCCUUGGCACCAAUUUCUUCAGAUUCACAACAGGUAUUUCCAGAAGCCCUUCUUGUCCAAAUCCUGAAAGCAAUGUUGCAUCCCGAUGUUGAAACCCGCGUUGGAGCUCAUCAAAUUUUCUCUGUUCUUGUCUUUCCCAGUUCUAAUUCCCACGAACAUGAAACUGCUUCGGUGCAAUCCGGUUCUCCUUACAAGCCAGCUGCAUGGCAUUCAAAUGCAGCAUCUGCAUCAACAUCUGCUUCUAUUACUGCUUUACUGGAUAAACUUCGACGAGAAAAGGAUGGCUCGAAAGAAGAAAAAACUGGAAACAAUGUUCAUGAUAAUCUAAAUUCUUUAGAAGAAGACUGGAAGCAUAGGCGGUACCACAGAAAUUAUCCUACUUUUCACAAGAUUCACUCAAUUAUUGACAGGAAAGCUGGAUCCUCGAGUUCCACUGAAGAAGAACUGCAUAUCAUGAAAUUUAGCGAGGAUCAAUUAUCACAAUUGUUGUCUGCAUUCUGGAUACAAGCUAAUCUUCCAGAUAAUUUGCCCUCAAAUAUUGAAGCCAUUUCCAAUUCUUUUGUCUUGACACUAAUAUCGGCACGCCUGAAGAGUCAGCAGGACAAUCUUACGGUCCGUUUCUUCCAGCUUCCACUGUCCCUGAGAAAUAUAUCCCUGGAGCCCAACCAUGGUACCUUACGCCCAUCAUCGCAGAGGUCGGUGUUUAUUUUAUCUAUGGGCAUGCUGCUGUUUGUUGCUAAGCUCUAUCACAUACCUCAUUUGAAUCAUCUUCUGAAGUCAUUAGUGGCUUGUGAUGUGGAUCCAUAUCUCGCAAUUGGUGAAGAUCUUCACAUUUAUUUAAAGCCUCAAGCAGAUCUGAGAGAAUAUGGAUCUGUUACUGAUAAUGAGCUGGCUCAGUCUUAUCUCUCUGACCUGCGGAACAAAGUAUAUGAAGCGGACAAUGUCAUUAUGGAUAUUUUGGCACAAAACUUAUCUGUAAUUACUGAGCUGGACAAAAGUGUACUAGCUAAGCUGCUAUUUGAAGCAUUUACACCAGAUGAUCCAUUUCUGUAUGGCCCACAAUCGAUGCUUGAUUUCCGCAAAAAUAAAUCAGUUACCCAUUCCAAGGAAUCAUUAUCAUUUGAUGGGGAUCUUUCAAAUUUACUGGUUGAGGAUGAAGUGACGAGUGAAGCCUCUGUUGCUGAUAUUGCUCGGUUCAUUCCUAGAGUACCUCCUUCGCCUUCAAUAUCUCACAUAAUGGGCAUUGGUCAGCUUCUUGAAUCGGCACUUGAGGUAGCUGGUCAGGUGGCCGGAACAUCGGUUUCCACAUCGCCUCUUCCAUACAAUGCCAUGGCGAGCCAGUGUGAAGCCCUUGGCACUGGCACUAGGAAGAAACUCUCCAAUUGGUUGGCACAUGAGAACCACCAUACCAGAGCAGCUGAUGGAUAUUGUCCUCCAUUUCCUGUGAGUGGCAACUCUGCAGUUGAAAAGAUAUUGGCAGACGAACAACAUCUUCCUGGAGUUGGAUUGCAAGCAGAUCGAUGGUUUGGCAUGAGGCUGCCUCCUGCUAGUCCAUUUGACAACUUUCUCAAGGCAGCUGGUUGUUAACUGGAAAGUAAAUAAAGUAUAUCGUCGACUCUUAUAAAAGACAUCGGUUAUUAGGAUUAGUAGAUCAGCACUGUUAAUUCUCUUAGGGUCAUUAGCUAAACCUUUGAUACAUUCAGUAGUUAGGAUUAACUUCCUUAACUUUAGAUUUGAUUAGCUUACCUGCAUUGUACCAUUCACUGUUUGCCUUUCUUAUCAAAAUGGGUCAGAGAGGAAGAAUCUUUCCAUUCUUUUGAUAGGACGAGUUCAGCAACAUCUGAUGGGGACCUCUCAGAAAACUGCAAAACCAAGAGACAUCAGGCUUGGAAUCACCCAAAGGAGAGCAGUGUCUGGUAUAAAUCAGGUGGAAAUUGUGUACUAUUCCUCUGAGAUUCAUAGAUAGAGGCUAACCUUUUAGUACUCAUGCUGAUGCAUGAUUCUUAACCCUCCUUUUGUGGCUUCUUCUAGUCAUGGUCUAUCUUCUUUCUAGCUUUGAAUUUAUGAUAUGUUAUGUCACUCUCUAUUGGCUGAUUGAUUGGCCCUUUGAAUAGAUGGAUGUUUUUGUUUAUGAUGGUUCUGAUA